AUGCAAGUAUACAAAAUGUUCUUUUUAAAGAUAGCGUUCUUGCUGAACACACUUGGUUUAUACAGAGCUGCAUUCGUGGAUACACUUCCUAAAUGUGAUUAUAAAGAUGAUGAAUGUCUAAAAAAAUUAUUGGAAAAAACCAUUAUUGAUGUAGCUAAGACUGGUAUACCUGAGUAUGAUGUGCCACCAGUAGAUCCUUUACAGCUUUCAAAUGUAUCCCUAACGGUAUUAGAUUCUUUAGCUCUAACUAUCACCGAUGGAACUGUUAAAGGAAUAAAAGGCUGUACUAUAAAUAGCUUUCAUGUUGAUUUUGAGAAACAUGCUGGGAGCCAAUCCGUCACUUGUGACCUUACCAUAAAGGGUCAUUUUAAACUCGCAGGAUCUAGCCCAACGCUGCAAGGUUUCUUUGGAAGUAGUUCGAUCGGUGGAGAUGGAAAAGCUAAAGUGAAGCUAGAAAAAGUGACAUUAAACGUCGACUUUCCGUUACACGUCAUUAAAAAAGACGAUGGUGAAACAUACCUCAAGUUCGAUUUCAAAGACGUUAAGUACACUUAUGACAUAGGGAAUGCGUUAUUUGCUGCCGAAAAGAUUAUCAUUGGCAACGAAGACAUUAGUGCUUUAGUGGUUUCUUAUAUGAAUGAUAAUUGGAGGUCUGUGCUUAAAACCUUCGGAAAAGUGUUUGUUGACAAGUCGAUGGAGUAUUAUUUCAAUUUUGUUACAAGGAUCUUUGAUCAAAUUCCUACAAAACAUUUCUUUACAAAUGAUUUAAGUUCUUAUGUUUAA